UUCAAGCUAAAGGAGAUGACAAUAAAUCUGGUUCUGCUUCUAAUACUGAUCAAGAAUCAGAGUCUGAAGAAGAAACCAAUAAACCAUCAGAACAAAAAAGUGGACCUGUACCCUAUGAUAAGGAAGUGAUUAAAGAGAAAAAGAAAAAAAGGAAAAAUAAGAAGAAGGGCAAAAAAACUUCUAAAAAGGAACCCCAAAAGGAGGAAGAACCACAAGCAAGCACCAGUAUUGAUGCUAAGGCACAAAUGACAAUGACAACACAACAUGAGAAAAAUAACUCUACACAUGGUAAGCAAGAGAACCAACCAGUUGAACACGAGAAUUCUAGAGAACAGUUAAGGGAUAUACAGUGCACAGUGAAUGCACCACCUCCACCUGAUGUAACAGCACAAGACUGUGUCACUGUCAUAUUCCAUGCCUUAUUGUCACCUGACUUUCACUUCAACCCUAAAAAGCAAAAGAUCUCUAUUAAAGUGGGUUUAGAGGAACUUGGAGGCUGGAAAUAUAAUUGUGCAAACGACUUUACUGUAAUUGGUGAAAUCGGCAAAGAGAGGUUUGUAUCAAUAACUGGAAAGAUGCAAGUACCUGUUAGAUUCCUAUCUAGAGCUCUACCUUAUAAGUACGUUGUAUACACUGGCAAUGGCAAAAAUCAGAAAAUUCGCUGGGAAUACUCAGAAUUCCGUAAUGACCAUCCUGGCACCAUUGUAAACCGUGAUUUGUGCCUGUUGGAAAAGCAUAGGACGAAAAAUGCCAUUUAUCAUCAAUAUGAUGGAGUAAUCUACCCUCAACCUGAACGAGCCAAUUUACUGAACCAAGUUGUGAGUUGGGUUACAAGUCCAUGGCAUGAUCGCAAGCAGCAGUUCCUCAAGUACAGACUACUUGCAGCUGAGACAUUUCUUCCAAAAUGGAAAGGUUUUGUUGUGCAUGGGGAAUAUGAGCAGAUGUCAGCAAAAGAAGCCAUUGAGAAGACACAGGCAAUAUUGAGAUGUUUAACAGAUGUUUAUGUUUGUCUUGGUCAUCAUCCGGAAAAAAAGACAUUUGAUGGUUUAUACUUCAAGAAGUUCCUAAUAAACUUCUUGAAACCUAAAUUGGAAUACAAUGCAAAUCUAAGCGACAAGAAGGAUCUUGAGAGUACACCUGUUCGUGUAGACCGUCUUGUAUCAACCCUGGCAAUUACACAUCUUAUUGCCCAUUACAAGUUGGAUCUUGAAUAUUUCCAGUUCAACGAUAUCUUACAUUGCCUCGUGAUACAAGGUAAUGGUAGUGGUGGGUGUGACUUUGACGAGGUUCAUAAGCACUUCCCUGAAGAGAUGUGGAGUGAUCUUGUAAAGUCUAUCCUCCACCUCAUGAAAGCUGCCAAGGACAAGUAUAAUCAUUAUUCUUGUCCAGACAUCAUCCUUGCUGUUCCUCUUCUUCAUUUUCUACGCAAGGACUUGAAACCAUUCGAAGAGCCUGAGGUGACACACCAAAAUACUGUAAAAGAAUGGUGUUGUGCAGAAGGUGUACCACAAAACAAAACUUACAACAGUUUUGUCGAAACUUUCCUGCCUAAAGUUAAGCCAAUGUUCACGUUGGAUCCACUGCUACGUCGACUGUUUCUGCAUUACACCCCUUUAGAGGAUUUUCCCAAAAUCGAAAGCUUUGCUUUUUGCCGAUUUGUCAAUGUGUCUUUUGCAAGAACUUAAUAAGAAAGUUCAAUCCAAGGACAAGUUGUUUUUCACUGGUAUUCAGUUUGCUAUGGAGGCGCUUUGCUCGGUUGAUGGUCCUGAAGAUGAAAGAAAGACGAUGGAAAACCAACGCCAGGGACAAUUGACAGAUGAUGAUAUAAAGCACAAAUGUGAAGACAUAUUCUUUAAGAUAGAAGACAUGGUAGAAUCAGCAAUAAAAAAGGAGUUUUAUUCUCCAUUGUCGUCAUACAUGGCACAGCAAGUAAAGGAACUGAAGGUAUGGAGCACCUUACUUAACCUCAACGUAUCCCGAAAGAAUGUAGAAGACAACUGGAUAAAUCGCAUUGUCUCUCUUUUUGAGAAGAGAUUAAAGGAGGUAAAUGAUGAGGAUGUCGUCGAGUUGUUCUGUGAAGUAGAAAUGAAUGACAAGUUCCACCAGGCUCUUGUGCAGUCCAUCACACAACAUACGUUUUCCAUAGUAGAACGUAUUGUAGAGAAAGGAGGAAGCGACGAACGUUCAUUCAACGCUCUGCAAAAAAAGAUCUUACGAAGUGGAGGUUCGUCAAAGGCUGGGGAACUGUUAUCACGAAUGAUAACUCGUGCCUGGAGUAAAGCAACAGCUAACAAAAAAGUAACAGAUCAUGACGUCUUACUAUAUGCUCUGACAUGGAGACCCUGGGCAGGGUUUUUUAGCUUUCAUGGCUCACAAGAGAAGMAAAGGAUACUUAGUGAAGAUGCUAGUAACCUGCUCCAGCGUGUGAUUGGCUGUUUAGUUACUGCCCAGGAUGGUCUUKCAGAUGGAUCCAUUAACGUCAGAACUUUGACGUCAUUGAAUCAACACGAGGAUAACUUCAUACGCCUGUGCAUUGCUUUGUCAAAAAUACAAACCAAAUCAGAAGAAAAUCAAAAGCCGCAUUCUGUAGAAGAUGUAAGAAGGAACCUGAAAAAAAGAAAUGAAGAAUAUCGUUUAUUCCUUACCACRAAAGGACACGUUCAACGUUUCAUCGAUAUUUGCAAAUCUACGAAGGAUGUUGACUUUGAUUUUGGGAGUUUGCAAGUAAAAGCAACUUGUAACAUGUCAGAUGUAAGGAUGGCAGACCUUUGUAAGCGUGCCCCACCAGGUGAUGACCAUGCAGAAGAAAGAGUAGAGGUUGUGUAUUUUGACUGCUUACCAAAUAGGUUUCAUUCCAUCCUCCCUCUUUUAUCGGAUGCCUACAAAAGUAAAACAUUCCAGGACAUUUGGAGAAGAAAUUGUAAGGCUUUGUACACAGAGAAGAAAGGUAACCAGUUGUUGUCAGGAGAACUAACUUUACUUGAUGUACAAGAAAAAAUUUGGCCUUCAUCAAAUAAGAAGUCGACUCUUCUCGCAAAAGCAGUUUACGAUGGCUCUAUCAGUCUCAAAGAUGUCGACAAGAACUUUAAAAAAAUAACAUCAAUAGAAAACUUGAAAGAGGAGCUGGAUGUUAUGUUUAGGCAGACUGUAAAUGAAAUUCCUUUUACAAUGGGUAAGGUCGCCAGUGAAAGAGUCAGCCAAAUUACUCGAUAUCGUAGCCUUCAAGAAUACAUAGGAGCAGCUGAAAAUGUUUGGAAUUUCAAGGAAGCUCUUGGRCUCAAGGGAGACUUUGGUGUCAUAGAGGAGCUACGUAAUCAGGCAUCCAAAGAGUUUAAAGACAAGGAUCUCAAAAGCAUUGAUGAAAAAUUUACUAAAGCUGGCAAAUACUUGAACCAAAUUUCCUUUGAAAAUUCCCAUUGUCUUGAUGCAGUGAUAAAAUGUGAACCUUUGGUCAAGUGGCUACGGGAAACUAUAAAAGAUACAAGUGCUCUUAGUACACUAGUGGAUCUGGCCAUGAUCUCUGCAGGCGAGAAUGAUCUCGAAGUCGAUCGAAUCUCAAAUUUCCACACAAGCUGCCUUAGUUUUGCGCCGCUUAUUUUUGAUCUUAAUGAAGAGUUUGGUUUUGAAGAUUUGAUGGAAGCAUGCRAACCAGUGUGGGAGGCAGUGAAGCAAGAUAGGAAGCUAUCUGUAAAACUGGCUGAGACCUGUCGYCACCUAGAAUGGUUAAAAGCUGUUCAAAGUUCUCAUGGUUCUGUUGAGAUGUCGUCCAUCAUGCAAGCCAAGGCUAUCAAUUCUUCAGGUGUAUUYCGUGUAGGGCAAAUAACUCAAGAUCCCAACGGAAACCUGUCUGUAUCUAGUGAGAAAAAAGACUUGGAAAACGUUCUUACUCUUACUGUGCCMAUAGACCCAAGAACACGAGAUCCYAGGCGGCAAMMGGAAGRAGAAASGGAAGAACUUAAAACCUACACACUGAACGACCUGAAGGACUUGCAGAGCAAGCUSAUGUUGAUUGCAGGYAAAACUGCRCAACUGCAGAACAAAGAUUGCAUCGAAAGUACUGAAGAGAUAAACCGAUUUGUCGAGGUACUAGAGGGCAUGAUGAGGCUUGGCCAGGUGUACAUCGAUCUUUGUGAAGCUGGUGAUGUUAAAUAUCUGGAUUGGAGUAAAGAGGUCCGUUGCUCGGAUAAUAGACUAUCUACACAACGAUCUGUUGCUGGAGAACUGUCAGAAACUAGUCUCACGAUGGAAGAAAGACUCAAGAAAUGGCGAAGCCAUGUUCAUGAGAAAAGGUAUCGAUACAAGCAGUUGAAUCACUACACAACUAAACAAAUCCUUGUUAUGAGAAGAGAACUCGGUCUGUUACGUGAGGGAGCCACUGCAGUGGAUAUGCCUUUACAAGUCUAUACCUUACUCGAAAGCGUUCUUCCAGACAUUACGAAUCAUGAUUUAAACGAAGUUUUGUUUGAAACUCUUGGUCUUGAGAUGGAUAUACGAAGAAGCGCCAUGUCAGAUAGUCUAUUACCAUCUCCUUCUCCACAACAGGGGAGUUUUCGUUCAGCAAAUCUGAGAGAAAAGUUUCAACCAUUUCUGCUAAAGGUUGAUAAAAUGAAAUUUGACGAAGAAGUAGCUAUUGCAGCACUUAAGGCAAAUGACGUUAUAAACAACCAUGACGUAAUCGAGGAUAAUCUGAUCAAGUGGUGUAUGGAUAAUGGGGAAGACGAAGAACUCGUCUCGGAAUGGUUUGACAGAGCUAAGGAGGAUAAAGAUUUUGUAGACUUUUUUCCCGAUCUUUGGCAAGACGAAGACGAAGAUGAAGACGAAGAAGAAGAAGAAAAACAAGUAAAAGUGGAAGUGGAAUUGGAAGCUUCUGUAGARGAGCAGCAACAAGAAGGCUUUGAGCAACAUCCCUACCUAACCUUGGAUGAACUUGGUUCUGUACUCGCCAAACUAUCAUCCAAAUGUGUGAAAUUAGAAAGACGAARGUUUCCUGAACAUUUAAGUCGUGAACAACCAAAUCUGAUUCUGGUGCCCAAAGGAGAUGUGCUACCCACAGUGUUGACCCUAUACAUGAAAUAUGGUGGCAACUCUCUUCCCACUGCCAAGGAAGUACUUGUCUGCACCCAUGAAACGACRGCUGAGGAAAUAGAGCUGUUUUGGUGGCGUGCAUUUGAAGAUACAAACRAACAAAUGUUUUGUUUAGUGCACCCAGAUGUUCUGGAUUACAACGUUAGUCAAACUGCCGUCAACAUGUUAAGCAUUCUUAUGCGCGAGUUUAUGGUAACAGAAGAGGGGUAUAGAAUAGUAAUACUAUGCAGCACCGAGAAUGAAGAUCGCUCUCACAUCAUCGCAGCGCUGGAUGAGUACAGAUUAAAUGCUGCACUAAGCUGUGCUUCACCUGAUGCUUUAUCUGGAUACCUAACAAAACAAUUCACUUGCUCAACGUCUUUGACGGGGUACUUCAACGAAGAAAGAGUUUCUUGGAUUCCUGCUGCUAAUCUUGACAGUGAUGGUCUUUCGGUUCGAUUAGUUUACUCAAAACGRGCAGGAGCUGGAAAGUCGCUGAUGAUCACCAGGCUUUUUGAGCGUAUUCCAAAGCUACAAAACAAUCUUAAGGUGACCAAGACCAUGGAACAACUCCCACUUAAUAUAACGGUUCCAUUGCAUGGCACAGUGGCAAAUACUGGCCCUCUUCUUAAUGGUCUGUGGAAGUACCCGGUCAGAGGGGACCUUCCAGUAUCAAGAAUAGUACACCUUGAUGUAUCUCCUUCAGUGCUAGAGGGUCUAGAAACACUUCUCUUUAACCUUCUCGUACUUGGAGUCCUAUGUGAUAACAGUGGCCGCUUGUGGCGAAGAAAACCGACAGACUUGUACGUGGUUGAGAUGACCACCCCAAAGGGAUCAAAGUCAACAGAUUUCAUUUCUCGGCUUCCAAAGACAAAGUGCAAAACACCAAGGAAGACCCUGCAAAUUCUCAAACGAGCCAACCCAACUACAAAAAGUCCUUUGUUCGAAGAUCAGGAAUAUCAUAGUAUUCCCGUACAGCGAGUUUUCCAGUAUCUUAAGGCUUGCGAUGAUGUUCGUCAAAGUCUGGACAGGUUUCGCUUUAUGCCUAACAGUUUGGUGGGCACACAAGCUGAUUGUCUUGCUCUGAUCAUCAAGUUUUGUGGAAUAAGAGAUCCUUCGUGGUCGGAAUUGAAACAUUUCGUGGACUUCCUCAACUCUCAGCUUCAUGAUUGUGAAGAAAAUAUUUACUGUAACCCAGCGAACGUGGACGACUCGUGGAUGCAGGGAACAAUGAAGGGAUUCAUAUCUUUUGUCAUUCGUUUUAUGGUGACCAUGUCAAGGGACUUCGCAACGCCCUCCCUGGACGAUGAUCCCAUUGUCUGUUCAGCAGGGCUCUCUGAGGAAGAUGACGAUGAAGAUAUCAGACCAUUACAACUAAGACGAYGCUGGGAAAGCAGCCCACAUCCGUAUAUCUUCUUCAAUGAAGAUGGGAUCACCAUGACCUUCCUUGGAUUUCAUAUCAAUCCCAAUGGAGAUUUGAUUGACCCUGAUACAAAGGCGGUCAUCGAGAAAGCCUURAUGACAAAACAGUUGAAAAGUGGACUGGAACAUCAGAAAGUGGACUUCAAGACAAACUAUUCAGCCUGGACUAAGGAGGAAAGAAUCCACAAACUAUGUUGUGUCAUGGGAGUGAAAGACCAGGUCGAUCCUGAUACCUCUUAUGAACUAACGAUUGACAACAUGAAGAAAAUCCUUGCCAUUCACAUGAGAUUCAGGUGCGGUAUCCCUGUGGUAAUCAUGGGUGAGACUGGCUGCGGAAAGACACGUUUAAUUCGUUACAUGUGUGCAUUGCAAGCAGGUCCAAAAGGUCAACGUAACAUGCUACUUAUGAAGGUACAUGGAGGGACUUCGUAUGCUGACAUCGCAAAGAAAGUAGAACAAGCUGAAAAAAUGGCAGCAGAAAAUGAGAAACAAGAUAUCGACACUGUUUUAUUUUUCGACGAAGCCAAUACAACAAACGCCUUGGGAAUGAUAAAAGAAGUUAUGGUCGACCGAAGGAUCAAUGGACGACCUGUGGGGGUAGGGCUGCGUAGACUCCAUUUCAUCGCAGCGUGCAACCCAUACAGACGCCACACAGAUAAGAUGAUAAAGAAACUAGAAUCUGCAGGUCUGGGCUACAGCGUAAAAUCCGACGAGACGAAGGACAAAUUGGGAAAGAUACCUCUCCGUCAUCUGGUGUAUCGUGUACAUGCUCUCCCAGCUAGCAUGCGUCCUCUUGUCUGGGAUUUCGGUCAACUGAAACCUGAAAUUGAAGAACUUUACAUUCGUCAGAUCGUCAGCAGAUAUGUUUUAAUCGACAAAAGCAUUCCUGGAAAUCAAAACCUUGUYAAAGCAAUAUCUAACGUACUGGCUGCCGCUCAAAAAUACAUGAGACAACAACAGGACGAGUGCAGUUUCGUUAGUCUUCGUGACGUAGAAAGAACAAUGACUGUAAUGACGUGGUUCUAUCGUCACCAUAAAAACCUUAGACCACAUUUUAAUCAAAGUGAAGACGAAGAUGAGAGUGAAGAUGAGAGUGAAGAUGAGAGUGAAGAUGACAGUGAGGAUGAGGAUGAGGACGAAGAAGAGCCUAUGGACAUGAUSACGUGGUCUCUGGUUAUGAGUCUUGGUGUAUGUUAUCACGCCAAGUUACAGAACCGUGAAGCUUUCAGAAGAGCUGUUACGUCAGUUUGUGCCCCUCCAUUAAUUGUAAAYGGCGGACAGGAACAAAUGCGUCGUGAGAUUGUCAGAUGCCAAAAGGUAAUGAUCAAAGAGCUCAGUCUUGGACCUAACAUCGCUCGUAACACAGCCCUCAGCGAGAACGUGUUCAUGAUGGUAGUUUGUAUCGAGCUUCGUAUCCCUCUGUUCGUCAUCGGUAAACCAGGCAGCUCCAAAUCACUCGCCAAGACAGUCGUCGCUGACAAYAUGCAAGGAGAUGCGUCCAAGUCCCAGCUGUUCAAAACUUUCAAAAGGGCGCACAUGGUAUCCUACCAAUGCAGUCCACUUUCCACCCCUGAUGGGAUCGUUGCAACGUUCAGGCAGUGUCGAAGAUUACAAGAGAACAACCCGGGUGAUCGAUAUGCAUCAGUGGUAGUACUAGACGAGGUCGGCUUGGCUGAAGAUUCGCCUUUGAUGCCACUGAAGACGCUCCACCCGUUACUGGAGGAUGGAGUGACGUCAUCUGAUGACAUCAUCGAGACAGACGAAAAGCCCACUCGAGUUGCGUUUAUCGGGAUAUCUAACUGGGCACUAGACCCCGCAAAGAUGAACCGAGGCUUGAUGUUGAUGCGGGGUGAGCCAAGCAAGAAAGAAGGCUAUGCUGAUUUGUACGCAAAACAGAAGAAUUUUGAAUCUCUGCGCAGCUCUAAAAGAGAUGAGUUUUUUGGACUCCGUGACUUCUAUAGUCUUGUCAAGAUGGUGUAUAGCAUAGCAGCUGACAAGAACGGUAAACCAACCKGGACAGAACUUGAGCACGCAAUCAGGAGAAACUUCGGUGGGCUAGAUGAGAUAGAUGCUGUGAAGAUAUUCCGAGAACACGUCAGUGAUGCCAGGAUACAGGAUAGUGAGCCAGUGGAUACCCUGGAUUUGUUGCGGGCAAGUCUUGAUCACAAGAACACCGUCGGAGAGAGCCGCUAUCUUYUAGUACUGACGGAGAACUAUUCAGCCCUCCGAAUAGUUGAGCAAGAACUUAUUAACAACAAGGAUAACUAUGUGGUGAUAUUUGGGAGCAGCUUUCCUAAAGACCAAGAGUAUACUCAGGUUUGUCGUAAUAUAAACCAGAUUAAAGUGUGCAUGGAGACAGGACGGACAGUUGUUCUUCUUAAUCUUGAAAGCUUGUAUGAGAGUCUCUAUGAUGCAUUAAAUCAGUUUUUCAUCCGCCUGAGUAACUACGAAGGGAUUCUUCUUGUGCAGUGUGAUUCAGGCGACGGCAAUUUCAAUUUGAUAGCUUGUACUCGACACUUACUGAUGGAUCAACGUAUGAAAAGAGCGGAAAUGUUGAAGGAGAAGCUGAAGAUCGAGGAUGUCCCUUCUUUACAUAUAGUAAUCAUCAUACAGCUCCCUCGAGUUAAAGGUGGAUGCGUAAACUUCGUUGGAUUCCAGGGAGGUCAGUGGGAUUCCUUCCAUGUAGAUGACUUACGUCCACCAACCAAUCAAAUCCCACCAAUACAGAUGCUCAUUGAUCGUCCAAUCAGCGAACUUCUCAAGCCUGCUGACUCAAUAUCUCGAGAGACAUCUGUGGACGAGGAGGAGUUACAACAGAGAAAGGAUCAAACACAGAACGAAGAAGCAAUGCUAGUUGAAGAAGACGAAGAUGAUGUUCAAACGGAUAGGAAUGAAGAUGAAAUGAUGGAAAUCGAUGAAGAAGAAGACAUAGCGAGGUCCUUGGAACCAGRAAGAAUGGGUGCGAAUCUUGGYAGGUUUGAUCCCAUGGUGUUGUUACGUAGGAGUGUGCAAGCMGCWGCAGGAAGAUUAAAGGAUGAAACAGUCAUGGCUGAAAGAACAACUGAAAGAAUUGACCUGAUUUUAAGCCUUCUUCCUGAGGACUCAUCAAAAAUGCCAGAUGGACUGUCAUUUGCCAAAAGUCUACACAGGAAGAUCUAYAACCUUCUCUUGGAAAAGAAUGAGAAACAAUCCGGAGGGUUAGCUCGUCAUUGGGUGCGGCAUGAGGCCCUUUCAGGGACUAGUGUACAUGAAAGAGGCACUUUUAGGAGAGCACUUCAGCACAAGGUACUGACAGAAGUAGAACCCUUACUUGCUAAGGUGUUUGCCCAUGCAGACAGGGAUUGUAACCUAGACCUGCUACGUAACCAGGAGCCAUGGAUUUUAAGAUUGUGGAUUUUCAUUUUUGACAAUAAACGUCUAAGUGAGAUCUACUACGAGCUAUCCAGCUCCACUACCCGCGAGAAAGUUCAAGCAUCGGGAAAAGGAAAACAUGUCUUUCGUUGUUGCUUUCCGUUUUCAUGGCUCAUCAAGGAAAUGAUUGAUGAACUUUGGCGAAAGAUGGCUCUUGGCUCCAGUCGCUCUAGAGAGAGAGAAGAGGAUAAACUUAGAAGAAUAAUGGAAAACUCCGAGCUUAGGUCCAUCCUCUCUGUCAUACAUGAGGAAGGUAAAGGCGAUGAGGCUGCCAGGCGAUAUCUGCACGACUUCGUUCACUUGGUCUAUAAACCUAACAAAGAAAACGAAGACGAAGAAGUCCAGCUGGUCAGCAGAGCAAUAAUCGCAGCCGCRGAAAAGAGAUCUGGUGGAGAAUCACAUCUUGAUUUUGCUGCAAUUCAUGUAGCGUUCAACCUCAUUCAGUCACGCCUCAACAACUUUAACUUGCUUGUCCAGGCAGAAUGAUCAAGUGUGCAACUUGUCUCAGCAAACAAAUGCCGAGGAUGUAGAGAAUGUUUUCAAGCUUUGGAAGAUACUUGAUGAUAGCACUAACUUUCUAACAGCAGCGUGUAUUCGCCGGUUAGAAACAUUUUUAUUGGAGUGCAAUCAAGAACACAGGAAAAGAAAUAAGAGCUCUAAAGUGACCUGCAUCAUCUGCUUGGAUCGGGUCAAGGAACCUUCUGUCACUCCUUGUGGACAUUGUUGCUGUUUAGAAUGCUCUUCACGCUGGUUCAGUGAACAAUCAACUUGUCCAAAGUGUAGAGAACCAGUCCCUGUUGAUUACACGCCAACAGAAUCUGACCAUAUGAGGGAAGCUCUAAACAACGUUCAUAACUUCAGGAAUCAAUGCAACUCAUUUUUCAUGGAGGUGGUGUCUCUUUUCUGUUUUGGUUAUUCACCGUGUGGGACUUUGGAAGAGGAAGCUUACAAUUUACUGAUGGAUUACGUCACAGGGGACAAGGCUCGCCRCACCAAGCAAUUCUCGCCCUUCCCUGACCAAGGAAUAGAUGUGAAUCCUGUUGUCAGGUCAUUCUUACUGCAACAACUUUUAAAGUCCAGUGACCAGAAAGUCAAGGAAUACAUGGGUUUGUUCAUACAAAGAGCACAAGACGUAGUGGAAAGGGAUGGAACGUCUUCAGUUGAAGUCUUUGUUAUGUGUAUUCAGUGUAUGGAGGAYGCUCUCAACAGCAAAUUCAUCAAAAGAGCCUCGGGUCUUCCAUUGGACCAGAAAAUGCGUCUUUUAGAAGGCGAUUUCAAAACUGCUGCAGUAUUACUCAACGCAGCACGAGAAGAUGAAAYCCUUGACAUCAAGUGGCUGGAAGGAAUCGCCAACACUCGCUUUGUKCUAUCAAAAGCUGCAGAUUUCAUGUACCAAAGUCGAAAUGUCGAUAAUGAAAGUAAACAGGAUUGGUCACAUCCCGAUGUCAACCGAGCUCUCGAGAGACUUAUAGUCGAGGUGGAAAAAGUGUGUGUAAAAACAGUGCUCACUACACCGAGGUUGUUCCUACUGAAGCAGCUGUCGAGGAARUUUGGUUUUGAGUCAAUUAACGCUCUUGCUGGAGAGUUUGAAUGGAUUCUGCCUGCUGAGGCAAGAGAAUCAAGCGAUGUGAUCCAAGACAGGUGYCUUGUCUAUGGACUCGAAUAUCAAAGACUUCGAGAAACAAUCUCAAGAGCAAUGAUUAGUGGAGACAUGGAYUCCAUUCAGGAAGUCUUGCAGAAUAUGACCAGUUCUGCACAUGUAACCAACACAACUAUGCUGCUUGGAAUUUACCAAGAGGUUACAGCAAGCAAAGUUGUUAUCUCAGAAACGGUAAAGCAAAGCUUAGAAAACUUCCUUCAGCAGUCAAAAUAUAUCUGUGAUCAGUCGCGUGUUUUAGCACGUGACUUAGUGACAAAGACAGAAGGCAACAUUAACGAUGUGUUAAGGUUUGCUGGAGAUACUCCGUGGGAUAGGAGUGUAGUAGAGAUUAUCGUUCAUCUGGCUGCUGUGCUGUUCUCACGCGACAAUGACGACCUUGUUGGUCCAUUACUGACUCUUGCUUUGCGCCCUGGCGCGACUACCGGCUCAUUUCUUCCCACAAUGCCUGACGAUCUUCUGCAAAACGUUAGAACAGCGAUAGCCGGAACGUUUUACGAAUGUCCUAACGGCCACCCUUAUAUCGUUACUGAAUGUGGGCGGCCAAUGGAAAAGAGCUAUUGCAGAGCACCUGGUUGCAGAGCAGAAAUAGGUGGAGUGGACCAUCAACUUACGAGCACCAACAGACCGGGACGAACCACGGAUUUGUCCAAGAAAGGGCAYUGCCUUGGUUCUCCUGAUGUAAGAGGAACUGAGCCGACACCAGAGCGGGAAAUGUCUCCAUUGGUCACGUGUCUUCUGCGUCUACUUGUUCAUGGGUCUAUGUUGAUUGGUUCGUGCUAUCAUAUACAGGACAUUUGUCAAAUCAUCUCGCCAGCURUAUCUGAAGAAUCUAUGCUGGGCUUCCUGUGGAAGCAUGCCAUGCGUGACAUGAAUCUUCUGUCAAAGGUCAGCGGACGCAGCGUGGAUGAUACAGCACUGAUCGUACAUAUGGUUCUACGCAAUAUAUCUGAGCAUGCSCCAGUGUACCAAGGCCGAUACAAUACCUUGAAAACAAAGAAUGAAAGAAAACAAUGGGAAAACAACUUCUCGACCUCGCUCAUUGUACCACUUAUGACUAAUUUGGAGAGUGGUAUCCAGAAGACAAGGGAGCUUAUUGUCAACGACAAGCGCUUUGGAGCCAAUCCUCUUCUUCGUCAGUUGUACGAGUUAGAAUCUUUGGUGGAUGACGGUAACGAGAUACACCCAAACUGUAUGGCACUCUGGAGAUACAGGACCCCAAUAACACUAGAUCACGUGACAAGGGCAUUCAACGAGUCUGCYCAUGCGCAGGACGAGGGAUGUGCCGUGCUGAGCGAGUUCUUGAAAAAAGAGCAUCAGUUACGAGCUGUGCGGUUCCUUCCUGAUGUGAUAAAGCUGCAACAACUUCUAAUGGAUCGCUACCAUCGAACACUAGACAAAACUGAGACGGACAGGCUGAAGUGGAARGAUUUCGAAAAACGUCUCCCGACAGGCGCCAAGAAGGAAUACAAAGCUCUCAGAAAAAGCUUCCGAUCGGCAUGGGAUAUAAUGGUCCUCGCUAUGCAAGGUACAAAGGGACCUUUGGAAAAGCUUUUGAAAUGUGAAGUGGUUGAUGAUUCGUCAAUGGCGAUGUUCAUCCCAGCUACCAGUGGGCUUGGGAUAUGCUCCCUUUCUCUUAUUCGAUUUCUUGUUGCUGCUCAUAACGAGUUUAUGGAGUYGUACAAGCAACACUCAGUAAACACUCCUUUUAGGGAGGAUGAAUACAUCAAAACAGCUGAAAUCAGCGCAGAAUCAGUACUAACAACUCUUAAAGCAAAAAUACGUCAGGUUGACCUAUCCUUGGCAAUCCAAAAUCAAAUCAUCCAUGAGUAUCAUUCUCGGCUUGAGGAUGUAUGCGAGGCACUGUCAUCUCUCAAUAUUGCCAUUACGUUCUUGUCAUCUGGUGGCGGCAACCCCAACAUGUUGAUCAAGAAAUACUUACACGAGGUGUUAAAGCUUCCUAAGGACACAGGGCUGCGCAAUACCAAGGCCCAGGAAGUUUGUCAAAUCCAACACGCGGUAUCCCUGUGGCGACUUUUGUCUUUUGAAAGAGCAAAGAUCUUAACCAAACGCAAACAGGAUCCAUUUGAACAUCUUUCKCCCAACUUUAAGGGCGGUCUUUCGGAGGCAGUGGAAGUUUCUGYGAAUGCCGCCUUGAGAAAAAUGAGCGAGAAAUGCCUGGAUAGUUUGGUAUCUGUUUUGUUGGAAGUAAUUAUUCUUCGUUUGAACGACAGUAUUGAUAGUAACAACAGCCUUAAAAACUAUAUAGGGUGGUAUUUAGAUGACAAAGAUGCCUCUCCCAUCCCUGAAUUGGAACACAUUCCUGACGAAGUGGUUCUGAUGAACAUUGUUCGCUUCUGGCAGAUUGUAUUUGCCACGAGUGAUGGAUAUCAUGAGAGGCGAAUGGAAGCAACAGGAUGACGGGAAUAAAGUCUGAUUUUAAAGUUUUUUCGUGAGAUGAAGACAUCAAGAGACUUUGAAUAUCAUGCAGUUAUUAAAUCACUAAAUAACACAGAAAUUUAGAUAAAAUUUAGGRCAUUUUUAUGAUGUUUUAUUUUCUUCACUCACUCUCAUUACUGCACUUAUCAACGAUUCAUCGUAAAGAUGAAAAAUAGUUUGUAGACGGAUACUAAAAAAGCGUAGAAACAGAGGAACACUGAGAAAAUUAAUAGUUUAUUUGGCAAACCAGUCAACGAAGUUUGAACGGUAUUCGACUGUGAUUCGUUGUGCAAAAGCACUGAACAAAAAGUAUAUGAUAAAAAUCAAUUAAUAAARWUAMAGCUYUUAAUAAAGUSAUAUUUAGAAAMACUAUAGUCCWGGUAUUUAGUAAACUAAAUAUCAGCUUGAACUACAYUAARUCAUAGUUAAUAGAGGGGACCRGAAUGGUUCCGUUGUAUUGAAUUGGGCUUCCUGUGUUGGASCGUUYAUUAGCAAAUAAUUARACACAAAUGAGGUAAGCUGCAACUAAUUGUAUUGAUAAACGCGUAGGAAUAAAAACCACCUGAAUCAAAUGGAAUAAAGGUAGCAAAAAAGUAAGAA